UUAAUAUUGAAAUUUAACAUUUAAAAAAAUAUAUUAAUAAUAAUAACAAAAUUAAUAAAUUUAAUUUUUGUCUUCUUCAUUAUUUAUUUAUUUAUUAUAAUUUUUUCGUGUGUUUUUUGUUUUUUGUUUUAAUAUUAUGAGCAUUAAUUUGUCAUUGCCAAUAAAUCGUUUUAAAAGAAUAUUACAAGCAAUGACAUUACUAGUUAUUAUCAUUUAUAUGACUUUGGUCAUAUAUCAAACAACAUAUGGAUAUCCGCCAAAUACGAUUUCACAGGGAAUUCAAACACAAAAUUUAGAUGACAAGAAAAUUAAUUAUCAAAUUAUUAAAAAUCAUAAUUAUUAUAAUCAACAUCAAUAUCAACAAAAUAAUAAUGAUAAUGAUAAUAUAAAUAAUAUAAAUAAUAAUAAUCAAAAUAAUAAUUAUAAUAAACAACCAACAACUGUGAUAAUUCGUAAAGAUAUUUUAAGUUUUAAUUUCUCUGAUAUACCAAUAUCAGAGAAAUCAACAUUAGAAGAUGAAAUUGAUAAAAUAAGAGAUAGUUAUAAUAAAAUAAAUAAUUUAAAAUUAUUAUAUAAUAAAUAUAAUUUAAAUAAUAAUAAUAUUAAUAAUGGUAUUGGUGGUAGUGAUGAUAAUAAUAAUAGUAAUGAUAUUGAUAAUAUAAAUAAUUUAAUUAUUGAUAGUGCAACAUUAAAUAAUUUAAUAAAUCAACAAUAUGGUUCAGUUGUUACUGGUACACCAAAACCAUCGAUAACACAAUUAGAUGAUAUAUUUAUAAGUGUUAAAACAACAAAAAAUUAUCACGAUAAUAGAUUGGCAUUAAUUAUAAAAACAUGGUUUCAAUUAGCAAAAGAUCAGACAUGGUUUUUUACUGACACCGAAGAUAAAUAUUAUCAGGAGAAAACAAAAGGACAUUUGAUCAAUACGAAUUGUUCGAUGGGGCAUUUUCGUAAGGCAUUAUGUUGUAAAAUGUCAGCUGAAUUAGAUGUAUUUUUGGAGAGCGGUAAAAAAUGGUUCUGCCAUUUUGAUGAUGAUAAUUAUGUGAAUAUACCACGUUUAGUACGUUUACUAGAUGAAUAUAAUCCAGCUGUUGAUUGGUAUUUAGGAAAACCAUCAAUAUCAUCACCAUUAGAAAUUCAUUUGGAUAGUAAAAAUUCAUCCAUUCCAACAAAUAAGAAAAUUACAUUUUGGUUUGCAACUGGUGGCGCUGGUUUCUGUUUAAGUCGUGCUCUAACAUUAAAAAUGCUACCAAUAGCUGGUGGAGGAAAAUUCAUUAGUAUUGGUGAUAAAAUACGUUUUCCAGAUGAUGUAACGAUGGGCUUUAUAAUUGAACAUCUAUUAAAAGUACCAUUAACAGUUGUUGAUAAUUUUCAUUCACAUUUAGAACCAAUGGAAUUUAUUCGACCGGAAACAUUUCACGAUCAGGUAUCAUUCAGUUAUGCUCGAAUGAAAAAUGAAUGGAAUGUUGUUAAAAUUGAUGGUUUCGAUCAAAAAACCGAUCCGAAACGUUUUUAUUCAUUACAUUGUCAUUUAUUUCCAUAUUUUAGUUUUUGUCCAAGGUGAUAAAUUUAUAAUAAAAUUUUGCGCAAUAAAAAUGACUAUAAAAAGAUGAGAGAUAAUUUUUAAAAAAAUUUGAACUCUUAAACUUUAAUUAUUAAUUUUUUUUGAGUCUUGGCUGUUAUUAUUAUUAAAAAGCACAGAAUAAUUAUUAUAAAAAAUAAAUUGUAUUUUUUUGUUAUGAUAAAAAUGUAAAAAAUUUUAUAUUAAAAUAAUUAUUUUAAUAUAAUUAUAUGUUAAAUUAUAAUGGAGCACCUCUCUAGAAAAAAAAAAUUGAUUUUAAUUAAAUAAUUAAAUUUUAAUUAGUAAUUUCACAGUAAAAUGAUAUUUUUAGAUUAAGCAUAUUAUUAAUUUUUAAGGGUCUCUUUCGCUUUUAUAAAUAUUUUAAAUUUAAAUCACAUUUUUUAAUUAAGUUAUAUUUUGCAAUAUACACUCACAUUUUAAUGACAGAAUAUUAUUAGAGUAAUGUUUACAUUUACGAUAAAAUCUAAGAUUAAAUCGUAGAUAAAGUCUGAUGACUGUUUAUUUAUCAGACGUGAAAUUAUUUGAUGGCGCUCAGACUUUACAUCAAAAUUUAAAAACUUUGCUACGCAAAUUAUUACCAUAACAAAAGUUAGCUGAUCGCUACUCCAAACUAUCACAAAAUAUUCAUUAUCGUCAUUUUAUUUUUAAAAAUUCUGAUAGAAUAUCUGAUGAGAAUAGACUAAUUUCUAUUAUUUUCCGUCAGACAAAUUCUGAUGUCAAAUUAAUGUUUAUAGAUAUACGACUUCCAUUAUAUUAACGGUAAAAGUAAGAAAGAAUAACGGUAAUAGUAAGAUUUUACUAAAUUGAUAUUUUAAACAUAUACCACACUACAUUACAAAAACAGAUUUUUUUUAAUAUGUUAAAAUGCAUCAAAAUGAUAAAUUAUUCAAUUUUAUCACAUUUUAGAAACCAUUUUCAAAGUAUAUUAUAUUUUGACAUUUUCUAUACUAUUUGAAAGCAAAUAACCACGAAAUUUUAAAUUAUUUAAGGAAUUUUUUAGCCAUUUUAAUUAACUCGCCAUUCUAAAUGCCAUUGUAAUGCUUUUAAACAUAAUAAUCCAUAUUCUGUUAGUCGCACCACUCGAUACAAUGGGUUGAAUAAAAACAAUUCUAAAAUUUAAGUGUUUACUGUAAAACAAAAUACUUUUUAAUAUCACAUCGCUUCAGGUGAUGCGAAGAAAAGAAUGUGUUAAUAUUUUACGGAUUUUUAUGUAGACUCAAAAAUUGAAGCAUUUACAAAAUAUUCUAUAGUAUAAGACCUUAUUUAAAUGCAUGUGACUUGAAAUUUUUAUUCAAAUGCAUUUAUAAAAAUACUUGUUUCAAUUAUGCAGUUUUCAGAAUAUUAUAGACGUAUUCCGGUAAAAAUAUAAGAUUGAAUAUUUUUAAAUAAAUUCAAAAAUUUGUAAAUAUAUGAAACUUGUGUAAAAUUUAAUUAUAUUUGUAAAUUAAAAUUAUAAUAGCUAUACAUUAUAAUUGUAUAAUUACCGCAUAUAUAAAUUCUACUAUAAUUUGCAAAUAAGUAGUUGCUAAUAAAUAAAUUAAGUAGGAAAAAAAAUUAAAUGAAAACAUUAUAAAACUAAAAUAUUUAACUGUGAUUUACUAAUAUAAGAUUGUUUUUUUAACAAAUUUAUAAAAUUUGUCAAAAAUUUCAUAAAAAAAUAAGUUUAUUUAAGAGUUAUUAUGUUAAAAUUGAUAUUCUUAAAUUUUAUUCAAAGGAUUUUUAUAUUGAACUACAUGUUUUUUAAAAUUGCAACUACCGCUGUUAAAAAUUAAGGCUAUUAAAAAUUAAUUUACUUUUUCUUUAUAACAUUAGUUAUAACAUUGUAACAUGUCAUGGUAUUCAUUAAAUUUUCCUAGUUAUUUAACAUGUACAAAGUAAAAUCGUAAAAAUAUUUCUUCAAUAAAUCUGAAAAUUUAAUUCUUAAAUAAAUUCGGUAAUUGUAUGUAAACUGAACAUAUCCCUGAUUUCAAUCUUGCAGAUAUAUACUACUGCAACACUACUACGUUUGAGUACAAUCUAGAUAUAACAUUGUAAUAUGCAUUUAUUGACAUUGCAUAUAAAGUUCUUGAGGUGAAUACAUAACUUGGCAGCUCUUGAUGUGACAUUUGCUGCCAUUAAUUUUGUUUAUAUUCAUAGUCCUUUCAAUUAUCUAAUAAAAAAUUCUGUAUUAAUUUUUGUUAUUUUUAUAUAUAUAGGUAUUUAAAUUACAACCACAACACAUGUAGCAAUGUAAAAAUUAUGCAUGUAUAAAUUUUUCUAUAUGCUCCAAAUACUCAUUAUCUACACAUUUUAUGCGCAUGAAAAACUACAUUAAUUUUGAAAUCCUGCAGAUUUUUGUGCAUGUUAAAAUAUUAACUGAUUAGAUAACUAGAUUUUGCAGUAUUGCGAUAUAUCUCUGCAAUUAAAGUAUCCUACGCGAAAUUACCCUAAAACUAUUAAAAAUAUUUAAAAUUCUUUGAAUAAAACUUGAAGAAUUUAUAAAAAAAUAAAAAUAAAUAUUAAUUUUAAAGAAUACAUAUUUGUUAUUUUAAAAAUAUUUUUAUUAUUAAAUUUAAGAAAAACAAAAAACAACUGCAAUCAAUAGUUCUUCCAUUCCCCUAGAUUCUAGAAUUUUAAAAUAUGGAAAAUAUUUAAACAACAAUCAUAUAAUUUUCUGAAAGAAACUUGCCUUCCAAUUAUACUA